AUGGCGUUUGCGGCGGCGCGAAUGAUUUUAAAAGACAAGAGGCGAAAGGCGUCGAAGGAAGACUUUAGAGACCCAAGAAACAGAAGCAAGGCCCGGAGCGCAAGCACCAGUAGCUUUAGGAGUGUUAGUCAGGCUCGAAACAAACCAGCGGACGGCAGUGGGCAUGUUAAUCAAAAGAAUGCUUCGGGACAAAAAGCAACGCCUGCGAAUCAAAAAGGUGCAGCAACAAAAGGGGGUCCAAAAACACCAGUCAAACCAUCUGCACAGAAAGGAGCAGCGAAGACAGCGCCCCCAAAGCAGGCAGCGGCAGCUGCUGCGGCCGGCAAAAAGAAAAAGGGGCACAAACACCAGCAGUACGAACUCAUUGUUACCAUUAACCUGUCAGAAUAUGGCCUUACGGAGGAACAAGUCGCAGAAUUCAAAGAAGCGUUUAUGCUGUUCGAUAAAGACGAAGAUGGCACGAUCACGAUGGCUGAGCUAGGAGUCGUGAUGAGGUCGUUGGGGCAGAGACCUUCAGAGACUGAACUAAGAGACAUGGUGAAGGAAGUGGAUCAAGAUGGCAACGGUACCAUUGAGUUCAACGAAUUCCUUCAGAUGAUGUCCAAAAAGAUGCGCGGGGCGGACGGUGAAGACGAGCUUAGAGAGGCUUUCAGGGUAUUCGACAAAAACAACGACGGGCUUAUAUCGUCGGUGGAGCUUAGACACGUGAUGACAAACUUAGGGGAGCGCCUCAGCGAGGAGGAAGUUGAUGACAUGAUCCGCGAAGCAGACCUUGACGGCGAUGGCAUGGUCAACUACGAUGAGUUUGUGACAAUACUGACAUCGAAAAACUAGUAUGCAGAGCAAAGGCCGAGCAGAGAUCGCCCCCCACCGCGGCAAUGUCCCUAUUCGGACCUCACCAGAUUCGGGGGGAAAGAAACUCUGAUAUAGUUGCCAUGACAAGGCCAGUGGUUGCGUGUAGACACAGUGUACGCUUUGCGGGAAUGUAUGCGAGUGUUACCUUUACAGGUGGGUGUGGAACAAGCCUAAUGUCUCCCAACGAAUUGAUAAAUGUGCAAUAUGAACGGCCUGCGCAAAGUGAUCGGUAAAGUUUGGUACAAUUUUAUAUCGAACGAGUGAUAUGUACCUUUUGUAUGUAAUUAUUUUGUUUCGUUGUCACCUACUUAACAGUUAUUUAAAUGUGAGUUCUAUUUUUUGUAGGAUGUUUUUGUGAUAAAGGUAAAAUAAUAAUGAGACAUUUUAACUUGUUUAUGCGUUCGACGAAUUUAGUGAUGUUCUGAUUGUCUCGAUAACUUACAACAUUUAUCGACUAAAACGUUUAGUUAUUGAGUCCAAUCCGUAUCUAGCAUUCAAAAUGUCUCUAGAUUGACUAGCAAAUUAAAUCAAAGUUUUAAAAUGGCUGACGGGCUGCAUAAUUUAAAUUGGUAUUAUUGAUUUUUUAUAAAGUUUUGGUAUUAUAAACUAUUAUGCAAUGUUUGCAAGAGUGACUGUAAAAUCUUGUAAAAAUUCAUUAAUAUUUUCAAGCAGUAUGUUUGGCCAUCUGUAAAUACUGCAGAGGUGAAUGAUAAUUGAUAACGGACUUUGAAAUAACUCGUACUUUUGUGCGCGCGUCAUCAGUGAAACUUCUAAGCUGUUUAAGUUUCCUUAUCGUUUUAUAAAGCGAUAUUUCCAUAAAUGUUCAGGUGUAUUUAAAAUAAAGAAACAAAAUUUUUAGAAUUAGAUGAAAAGCGAUAGUAUAGUAAACUAGGAAUUUACUGCAGCAGCUAAAGAAGUUUCACAUAAUAUUAAUUAAUAAAUAAAUUGCGAAUUACCUACGUAUCUAUAGAAGGCAAUGUUGAAGUUUCUAAUGCAUUUGAUGUUUUAAUCAUGCCAUAGGUAUACUGCAACACAAUAAAGUUAAAGUGGCAUUUAAAUAUUUACUAAAUGAGAAAAUGAUCAAGGGAUGAUGCGCUAAAACAAAUAUCGAUAAAAUAAUCAUCCAAUCUGAAAAAUACGUGCAACACUACGAAUCGCAAAAUGUGGAAGUUCAAAUUUUAAUUUCAUUAUUCUAUUCUCAUGUGGAACAACAAAUCAGUCACAUUAUAGUCAAGGAGCUAGUGUCAAAAGUAAGUAAUUAUGACUUACUUCUGACCUUUGCAAUAAUCAUUAUAAAAGUACUUAUAAACCGUAUAAAUAAAAUGUUAAAUACAUUUUCGGACAAAAUGAUCCCUAUAACUAAACACUUUUGAUAUGGAAUCUAGAAUUAAAGCAGUGCAUAUAUAAAAUGUUAUAAAAAAUAAUCUUACAGUAAUUAAGUUAUAGACAAAGUGUAGGCAUGCAAAACUAUUCCUGAUAGGUUCGAAACUCUGAUUGGAGGAUCCAACAAUAACAUCGACUGAUUGUUUUAGAAAGCCGGGAUUUAAGUAGGAAAUAUCAAAGUUGUGUAUUUAACUCGGGCGGUUUUCUGUAAAAUAUACUAAGAACAGAUAUCGCAAUUUCGAAAAUUCCGGCAAUAAUCACAUAUUAUUAAAAACUGUGAACAUUGUGCGAUUUUUGACUGUGUUUGUGUUUUAAGUCCCUAAUCAUAUUAUUGAAAGGAAAUGAGACUUUAAUAUGUGGGGCUAUGAAAUCCACACACCAAUAGAAAAUAAAGAAUUGUAUAAAAUGUUUUAGAAUUCUUUGCGAAUCAAAACAGUUAUCGCCUAUACGAGAAAUAGUCUAAGAACCCACGAAGUAUCCGUAAAGGUAAGCGCAAUAAGGGUAAAAAUAUAACAGUAAGAGUAAAAACACUAUUAGAGUUACAUAAUGGAUUAGUGCUGCGAGCUGUAUAAAAAAGCUAGGUACAACCAUUUUAAAGCUAUAAUAGCAUUUAAUGUAACUCUUAUUGUGAAUUCUUUGCAUAAGUUGACCGUUACCCUCAAUAAAGCUGAAGAAUUGUUGACGGCUUAUUUAACAUUGCUUAUUUAUGGAUUUUGGGCUCUUAGAAUAAUAGUUUAAAAAUCGGUUGUGUCCACAUUUUACAACCGUAACGUAGCAUUCUGUGUGUACAUGUAUGGAUAAUAGUAUAGUUAGAAUUAUAUCUAUGUCUAGUUUAAAAUGACACACCUAAAAAUCACUAAAUUAUAUUCAUGUCUGGUAGCAUUUUUUUUAUUUUAAUAAACG